AGAUUUAAUAUAAAGUUGAAAGAUGGAAAUGAAAGGUCCACAAGGUGCUUAUGGAGGACCACAUCCUGGCCAGCCAAUGGGAUCUGAUGUUCCACCAUCUGUCUGGAUGCCAGCUCCUGUUCCAAUCUCCAACUGCCCACCAGGGCUAGAAUAUCUAACACAGAUUGACCAGCUUCUGGUUCAUCAGCAAGUUGAGUUACUUGAAGCCUUGACGGGAUUUGAAACAAAUAACAAAUAUGAAAUAAAAAACGUCAUGGGUCAAAGAGUCUACUUUGCUGCUGAACAAAAUGAUUGCUGCAAUCGCAACUUCUGUGGAUCUGCCAGAUCGUUUACCAUAGUAAUUAUUGAUAACACAGGCCGUGAAAUUAUUAGAGUGCAGAGACCCCUCAGAUGCUCUUCCUGCUGUUUUCCAUGUUGCCUUCAGAAGCUUGAAGUACAGGCUCCUCCAGGGACUCCUAUUGGUUAUGUUAUUCAGAACUGGGAUCUCUGCAUGCCCAGAUUUACCAUUCAAAAUGAAAAAGAGGAGGAUGUUCUCAAAAUCGAUGGUCCUUGUUGUCCUUGUGCCUGUUACUCAGAUGUACACUUUGAGUUAAAGUCACUUGACAAAACUUCUGUUAUUGGAAAAAUUUCCAAGCAAUGGACCGGGCUUGUAAGGGAAUUAUUUACAGAUUCUGACAACUUUGGAGUCCAGUUUCCUCUGGAUCUUGAUGUGAAAAUUAAAGCAGUUGUACUUGGUGCUCUAUUCCUUCUGGAUUUCAUGUAUUUUGAACAUGAUGACUAAUGUACUGAAGACUUACUACUAAUGUUCUUGAAUACGAAUGGGAAAUUAUUUUAUCCCAUUUUAUAAAACAAGACCAAAAUGUGUUUUGUAUUCUAUUAAUAACUUUGUAGGUCCCUUCAUAGUUGGAAAACAUGAAUAACUUCACAUCCAAUAUGUGUCACAAAACUGUACAGAUAAUCAGCCUCAUUUUGAUACAUUAACAUGUAUUUACAUUUCUGCAGUGGUUAAAGGGAUACUUAAUCUAUUUUUUUUUCUUCCAUGAUUCAGAUAGAGCAUGCAAUUUUAAGCAACUUUCUAAUUUACUCCUAUCAAUUUUUCUUCAUUCUCUUGCUAUCUUUAUUUAAAAAGCAGUGAUUUAAAGCUUAGGAGCCAGGUUAUUUUAAUUUCAGCACCCUGGAUAGUGCUUGCUUAUUGGUGGCUACAUUUAGCAAACCAAUAAGCAAACAUAACCCAGGUUCUCAACCAAAAAUGGGUCGGCUCUUAACCUUUACUUUGCUGUUUUUGAAAUAAAGUUAGCAAGAGAACAAAGAAAAUUGAUAAUAGGAGUAAGUUAGAAAGUUGCUUAAAUUGCAUCUGAAUCAUUAAAGAAAAAAAUUGGGUUUAGUGUCCCUUUAAGUUUCUUUAAAACAAAAAGUACAACUUUCACUAUAGUACUUUUUUCAACCACUGAAAUCAGUUUUACAUUUAAUAAAAUAAUGUAGUGCAGCAGUUUUUUCAUAAAGUAUAUUAAAAUGUAAUAUGUAAAAUU